AUGGCGGAAGAAACUGUGAACAAAUAUGCCUUUUUCAAGGCACUGGAUCAGCUGGAUUGCUUGACGGAUGACUCGGAAGAUGAGGCUGAUAUUGAACUGUCCCAUAUUAUCAAACAAUCCAAGAAUAGUGGCCGGAUUGCCACUUCGAAGCUUCACAAAGAUACACCACAUUUCAAACUUCUACGUGCGACUUCAGCCCCUCAGUCUACUUCUGCCAGUAUCUCAGACUCAAGCACUCAUAGCAAGACGUUUGCUCCCGGUAGCGAUGUCUUACAGCCAGGGGACAAAAGAUCCAACAUUACCGGGACCUUGACUGGACGGCCAGAAGCCGACAAGCAAUCUAAACGAAGACGGGUGAUCACCCCUAGGACGGUUCCUGAAGAGCAGCAGAUCUUCAAGAAACUUGUGUUCUUCUUCUUCCCUAACAACGAUGUCUCGCCUCUUCGGCGACUACGGAUCCAGCGUGCUCAGGAGUACGGUGCCACCUGGGCGAAGACAUGGGAAGCUCAUAUCACUCAUGUGAUAGUUGACAAAGGUCUGGUGUUUCAAGAUGUCCUUAAACAUCUCAAUCUCGAAGCUUUCCCGGUGAGUGAGCUUUAUCCAUCCGAGUGUAUCAAAUUCAAAUCUCUGCUAAGUACAACGCUUGUUCGAUUCCGUGUCCAUGGAGCACCUUGCCUUAAAGCUGAAGAGACGAACCCCACAAACGAAACGCGUUCGACCGGUUCUUUACCUUUGAAACCAAGUCAGAAACAACAGGUGACUCCUACCUCUUCUCAAGACUCGAGAGACCAAUGCAUUGUCAAUUCCGCUUCCGAACAGCCCGUCGAGUCGCUCUCGGAUGAAAUACGUCCAGAACAGCCCGUCCCGGAAGUCUCUUCCCGUUCCCGUGAGCGAGAUGCCUUGGAUGACAUGGUCGAAGCUGCUAAAGCUGCAAAAGACUUGCCUUUGGACCCUCUGGAGGAAGACUCCGUCGGAGUCAAUGAUACGGAGACCUCGGACGCGUCCGAUACAGAAUCGGUUGGGAAGAAAGAAAGUCAUCUGUCUGAAGAGGACAAGAUGAUAGAGGCUUGGCAGCAGAAAUUUGCUUGCAUGCAGAAACAUGAUUCAAGUUCCAACCUUGACAAUCCGAACUGUAAGACCAUCGAAGUCCUCCAGCAAAUGCUAGACUAUUAUACUAGGACGUCGGAUCAGUGGCGUACGUUGGCCUAUCGAAAAGCGAUAGCUGCCCUUCGCAGACAACCGCGAAAAAUCGUCACCAGAGCGCAGGCGCUUGCUAUCCCCGGCAUCGGCCCGCGCUUAGCAGACAAGAUUGAGGAGAUCGUGUUUACCAACCGGCUACGUCGCUUGGAGAGCACAAACAAUAGGCCGGAAGAUCUCAUACUUCAGGAAUUCUUGGGGGUCUACGGUGCCGGUAUAUCACAGGCCUCUCGAUGGAUUGCUCAGGGUUACAGAACGCUGGAUGAUCUCAAGACAAAAGCCGCAUUGACGAGAUCACAGCGGAUUGGAGUGGAACACUACCACGAUUUUGCCCAGCGGAUUCCGCGCCGUGAAGUCGAGGCCCACGGAGAAAUCGUCCGAAAGGCGGUCCAGAAGGCGGACCCUGGGAUGCAAGUCAUCAUCGGUGGUUCUUACCGGCGCGGGGCGUCUGACUCAGGUGACAUCGAUCUGCUAAUCACCAAAGACGAUGCUACUAUUGAGCAGAUCACGACGAUGAUGAUGGACACUGUAAUUCCCCGACUCUUUCAAGACGGAUUUCUUCAGGUCAGUCUCGCCAGUACUUCGCGAGGCGACGGAUCCAAAUGGCAUGGAGCGUCUGUAUUGCCUGGCAGCAAAAUUUGGCGCCGCAUUGAUCUUCUAUUUGUACCUGGAUCUGAAAUAGGGGCCGCGCUGAUUUACUUCACGGGAAAUGACAUAUUUAACCGGAGCAUGAGACUACUGGCAAGCAAGAAGGGGAUGCGCCUGAACCAACGAGGCCUUUAUGCAGAUGUACAAUGUGGGGAGCAACGAAGGAAGCUAAGCGAAGGCCGGCUGCUUGAGGGACGCAAUGAGAGACGAAUUUUUGAGAUCUUGGGGGUUCCAUGGCGACCUCCCGAGCACCGCAUAUGCUGA